AUGAUUAGGUUCGUGGAUGGGCUGAUGUAUCUGCGGACUGAAGUAUUCUCAUCGUUGCGGCCUAAUGUUCAAAAUGCCGAUUUUCAGUUAGUAGGAGAUCUGGGACCAUUGGGAAUCGUAUUCAACACACCAUCACACCAUAGAGUCCAUCAUGGUCGAAAUCCCUACUGCAUUGACAGAAAUUAUGGUGGUGUGUUCAUCAUAUGGGACAAAAUGUUCGGUACAUUUGAAGCCGAAAGAAAGGACGACCCUCCUGUUUACGGCCUUGUACACAACGAGAAUACAUUUAAUCAGAUCUACUUACAGGUGCACGUUUUAUGGGAUAUGCUGUAUUUCAAAGGACAAAUGAAGAACGGAAAAGGAGAAUCACUGUUCCCAGGAAUCGUGAAUAAGAUAAAAGCCGCUCUCUACCCUCCUGGAUGGUUUCCUGGCGUUAAAGUCACGCCUUUCUUUCACUGGAUGAGUCUUGUCGAUACUUCAUAUGGUGUUCCACAGCCGGAAAAACCCGUUGUAAAAUAUAACCCACCACUGGAUUUUUGGGUAAAGUUGUAUUUGGGCGGACACUUCACAUUACUACUUGCAAUAUUCCUUCACUUCGAAUACGAUCGAGCAAAACUAGACUAUAUUGGUUUCGCCUUAAAGGUAGCGUUUUUCCUUGUUACGAUGCAGACCUUUGGAGCAUUCUUCGAUAAGAGGUGGUACGCACCGCAUUUGGAAAUCGCCAGGUGUUCUGGAGUGUUAGCCUUUUUCGGUUUCUUGUUAUUCGAUCAUAUCGGUGUUGCGCCUCAUAGAAUAUUUCUGAUUACUGUACACGGCAUGUCAGGAAUAUUGUGGAUUGGAUAUGUUAUACAAGAGGUGAUUUCCCUUGAUGAACGACCACAUGUGAGAGCAGCCACGACGACAGCGAAACCUUCCACCAUGCCGGGUGCCAUCCAUCUCAAAUUAUAA